CUUUGAACCACAGAACCACAAGUGCGGUGCAGCCUACAUCUCAAGACUGCACCUGAACCUCAGCGGAUUUAUAUAUUUUUUUAAGCAGGCUACCCACCCCACCUCCAACCCUAGCUGGACCCUCCGCAUUUACGUGUAACGUUCUAAAGAGUGACAAAGGAAAAUACCACAAGGACCGAGAGUAUCAUCUGUAACGGACCAUGGCAUCCAACAGCAUAUUCGAUUCAUUUACAACCUAUCCACAGACCUUCUUGCGGGAUCCCAGCACUAGCAGGCGCUUCACUCCUCCCUCCACCACGCUGACCCCCAGCUCGGGGAAGAUGAGCGAACCGGUUUCACUGACCCAGCCCAACCCCGCAGGGCUGUCCCGAAUCCGGCCCGAGACCCGCACCGUGGUCGAUGUCCUGCAGGAUCACGCUGGCGAAUUAGUCCGGACUGACAGCCCCAACUUCCUCUGUUCGGUGCUUCCUUCGCACUGGAGGUGCAACAAAACACUGCCUGUGGCAUUUAAGGUGAUGGCCCUUGGAGACGUUCCCGAUGGAACCCUGGUCACUGUGAUGGCUGGAAACGACGAAAACUAUUCGGCCGAACUGCGGAACGCUUCGGCUGUCAUGAAAAACACUGUCGCCCGAUUCAAUGACCUCAGAUUUGUGGGAAGAAGCGGACGAGGUAAAAGCUUCACACUGACAAUCACUGUAUUCACUAGCCCUCCUCAAGUUGCCACCUACCACAGAGCCAUUAAAGUCACUGUGGACGGACCCAGAGAGCCACGCAAAACCAUUCAGUUCCAGACCGCCUUCUUCAACCAAGAGAGUCAUUACCACAACCAAAGAUACAACAUAACUAUUCAGCAAGGGCACAGGCAAAAACUUGAAGACCAGUCAAAACCAGGCACACUUUUCUCAGAUCGCCUAAGUGAAUUGGAACGUUACCGCCAGACAGCCAUGAGGGUUGGUCCUUCAACGCCCAGCCCUCGACCUCUUGGAGUGCCCACCCACUUCAGCCCGCAAGCUCAAACACAGAUGCAGGGCACCUCUGACAUCAGCCCAUUUGCAGACCCUCGCCAAUUUGAACGCCAGUUUCCUGGACUAUCUUCGCUUACAGAAUCCCGCUUUUCAGAUCCUCGCAUGAACUAUCCCGGCGCUAUGUCUGCUGCUGCCUUCACCUACUCCACCACUCCAUCCACAGGCGGCAUUGGGGGUAUCAGCAUGACAGGUAUGGCAGCCACAGCCCGCUACCAUACCUACCUGCCACCCCCUUAUCCUGGAUCAGCCCAGAACCAAAGUGGACCCUUUCAGACCGGUGUCUCACCAUAUCAUCUCUACUAUGGCACCUCUGCUGGAUCAUACCAAUUUUCCAUGGUUGCAGGAGGAGAGCGCUCACCAACCAGAAUGCUGCCUUCUUGCACCAGUGCAUCUAGUGGAAGCACACUUAUGAAUCCCAAUUUGGCCAAUCAGAAUGAUGUUGUGGAUGCUGAUGGUAGCCAAAGCAAUUCUCCAACAGCAAUGACCACCACAGGACGAAUGGACGAAUCAGUCUGGAGGCCUUAUUAGAAAGCCAAAGAUGUAUGAGCAACAGUAAUUAUUCAAAAAUUUAAACCUUAUCUCUGUAUACAUUAAUUCUAGCUGUAGCUGAGAGAAUAGUGGAAAGAAAAUAUCCUAAUAUGUCCAUGUACAGAAUGUGAUUUUUGGUUAAAGGUACUUAUUGUAUAUACGUAUUGUCAAAUGGUGAGCCAUGGUGGAAAAUAAUCAGUUCACCUUAUAGUGGCCAAAUACCCACCAAGUCAAAAUGACUUCCAACCAAAGAUGAUGACCAUCAUAUUUCAAAAACAACAAACAGAUUGGCAUGGGUUGGAUAUAAUUAACAUUUUAGCAUCUCACAACCAUCAUUUGUUGGUCAAUUGCAGUUAUAUAAUUGUGAUUGGCCACGUGGAUACUGGAUUGUUUUCUGCUAUGGUGGGACCAUAACGUAGUGUUUCAGCACUUGUGUUUUUAAACUGAAUUGAAGUGACAGUAUAUUCUCUUAGCCUGCACAAAAUUGCCACAGCGACUAUCAAAAAUAUGAUAGGCCUCUUUUAAUUGACUACUGUGUAAAGAUUAGAAGAAUCUUGUAGUCACGCCUCCGCUCUUUAGAACAUGCACAAAUACUUGUGUAUUUUAUCAGAGCCAUGCUGAAGUUCCCAUGAAGACCAAAAAACAGAAAAUAGGGGCCACAAGACAUUAUCUAGUGACGGUUGAGUAAACUUUGGAGAAUUGUAUUUUGAUGUUAUUGUCCAUGUUACUUUUUAAAAUGAGGCAGUGGUGCACGAGCCAAAUGAUUAUAUAAGCAUUAGACGUUCAUAUUCUGAAGUCAUCCAAGCCCAGGUACUUCAGUUUACAGCCUGUGUGUGAUGGACGAGUACCAAACCAGAAACUUUGGUCCGAACCAAAGGACGCACUUGGAAAUGUUUCUGAAACCCAUGUAUUGUAUUGUAUUUGUGUAAGAAAUGUUUUGGAACUGUAAUUUGGCAUACUUAAAGAUACCUACUUACAUCUUUGUUCCUCAAUGGGCAGGGUUGUACUCAUGAAAUAACUGUGGAUUUUGGUUUUUGGUUUUACUGCACUCCUUAGAGCAAGCUGUGUAUGCUGAUUUAGGACACACUCUUUUUAGCUGAAAUAGUGCAUUCUAUACUGGCAGAAAUUAAUAAUUUUAAUAUUUGAGUUAAUCACCACCAAUGAGCUGCAAAUGUCUUUAUGUCCAUAUUACAUUUAUAAGUAGCAAAAUAUUUCUUUAUAUUUACCACUGAAUUGACAAAAACUUGAUAUAUGCUUAGGUGGAUCCAGGAGUAGAUUACAGUCCAAUUAAUUAUUUCACUCACCGUGAACUGUAACUUAAAUUGCACGAAGACACACAGUGCUACCAAUCAGCUGGUGAAAUUCUUUAAAUAGUUGGUGAAUUUGUGAUAAUUAUGUGCUCUUAUGGAUAUAACAGGGUGACAAUUUAAUGGCACAUUACUUGAGAUUGUCUCUAUCCUAUAAGCCCUUGCAUGGCUAAUGUGCAUGUGUAGUAUGUAUUCCAAAAGCAGUGUUACAAUGAAGCUUUCAGUUGGUCAUCCAUACUUUACACUCAGUAGCCAGCGAAUGGUUGCAGCUUUCAACAAAAAAUUAAUUGAUCAAAAUGUAAAGUACUUUUUCAAAUAAUAAUUUGUGGUCAUUUCACCAGAUUUUUGAUUACACAAAAGUGUAAAGUAUUGCUAUUCAUUGAAGAAAAAGCAAUACUUCUGAUUAAGAUGAUUUUUUAAAAAAGUACACUGCAGUCUUGGUUAUCCAGAAUAAUCCUUAUUGAACAGACCAGUAAAUGGCAAACAUUGCCUAAACAAGUUGAGGUUUCUUGAGAGCUACCUUUAUUUUCGCAUUGUUUUCUAUUAUACUGGCUGUGUUCCAUUUAGCUCCAUGUUUCAAAAGACAUCCCGCCAUCUUUUUAUACUCAGUAUAAAUGAUAGCAUGAGGAAAGCUUCCAGUUUCUUUGCCUAAUGGACUAAUUUUCUUCAACAUUCUGAAGGUGUGUAGUGGCUACCCGAAAUUGCCCUGUAAAACAUUGAUGCAUAGAAAUACUUUCCAAUUAAACUAUAAUGUAAAUAGCCACUGGCAGCCUAGAAAAUAUAUCAUCGUUUGUACACAUCACUAGGCCCUUUACCAAUAAUGUGGCUGUGGAUCUGUUCUAUCAGGGAUUAUUUGGAUAAUUAAGGUGAAAAAUUGGAAGCUUUGUUGCACCUGUGUUUUGAAAUCAUCCAGUCAUAGUUGGGGAAUUAAAAUCUAACAAAAGCUUUAAAAGGAAAUCGCUUUAUUCUAGAUUCUCGAUUAUUUUUGGUUCAUCAAAAGGUUCUCACACUAACAAUGAAUAAGAUUUUCUUUAUGAAUGUCUGGCUUAAAAUCCAAGUUGAUUAAAUCAAUAUUUCUAUGCCUUUGUAAGCAAUUUUUAACGUCAAAUAUAAGUUGCCAAUCUUUCAAUUUUUCAGCACACAAGAUGGUGUCUUUUAAAUCCUCAGUUAGGUACAUUUUAAUGUCGUCAGGUAUGGAACAUGCAACUUUCAUGAUUGCAGUAUCUCUCUGAACCUUCAAAGAUUAAGUCUUAGGAAUUCAAUAAGGUAAUAGUGCACAUUCAGAUAAGACACAGAUGCCACUACAAAGUCUCUCUACCAAUUGCAUGCUAUGGAUAAUGCUGCUUCAUGACAACCUAAGCCUGGAUACUUAGUCAUAUGUGGAGAGCAGGGAAGAUCUCACUUAAGUGCAAGUAGAUUUUAAAAGGUUUUACAGGCUGAACAAUAAACAGUAUCCCAUUGUUCCUUAUUCCUUAAGCAUGGAUCUAGACUGGGACAACACUUGCUAAAGUGUACAUUUUAAACACGUGAAAGCUAUUUUGACAUCUAAGAUGUUAUUACAAGUAAUAAGUUCACCCACAGAUGUUAUUUGGUUGACAUAAAGCAAUACCCUUUUAGCCAAUGGUUUGUAUUACAAACCUCUGGUAUAAAUAUAUUUAUUUUCCAAAAAGAGAAGCAAAAUAUAAUCUUAUUGAAUACAGCCUUGUAGUUUCAGGAGGUCCAAAGCCUCUUUGAAAAAAAACAGUGCCAGCUUAACUUUUUCCGGCUUAUCUCUUUUAAGCGUAAAGUCUCCUUUGUAAUUUAUUUAUUAAGAGUGGGAGCUGGAAGCUGUCCACAUACAGACAUUUAUAUUUCUGUACAGAUGUAUCUUAUUUGGAUUAAGCAGUAGCACUUAUACAAGGGUGUCGGGUUACACGCUUUUAAGUUUGUGUCAGUACGAUUCCAUCCUAUUUAAUAAUUGAAUAUAUUUGUUUUUCAAAAGAUUAAUUAUCUGCCAAGCUGGGCUUUUUAGAAGAUUGGAAUAUUAUUUUUUUUCUUACUAGAGAAGUGACAAUUCUAUGCUAAGCUGUGAGUUUAGGCUGCAGGCAGCAACCUGGAAAGCAAAGUACCAUAUUAAUUUGUUCAGAUGUAUCAAAUGUUGCAAACUUGAUCCUCACAAGGGUUUUCCAGUUAGCUCAAUACAUUGAGUCACAUUGGGGGCAUGGGAUAGGAAAUCCCUUGUUUGGUAAUGGCCAAUAGCCCAUUGAGCCAUUAAGAAAAAUCUGGUAGCCAAAGGCAUGGCCAUUUAACAAGCAGUCAAAUCAAGUUUAAAGCAGCUGCCCAUUUUGGCCACUUUCCGUUAUCCUUAUUUGGUGACCAGCAUCUAACGGUUGCUAACAACUGCCAGGCCACAGUUUCUUCAACCCCACCCCUACUCCACUGUGACUGGAAAUGUGAUAAAAUCAGCCACAGAGUUGAAGAAAUAUUUGGAUUAGAAGCUACAGGACAGGUGUUUAGAUAAUCUCACAGGUCAUCGGUACCUGAGAAAUGUGAUGACCGUUACAGUGGAUAUGGGGGGGGUGGACUGAGAAAUCAAAGUUUUCUUCAGUGGUUCAGUUCCAUCCGAACAAGACAGACAUCUUAUAGAACCCAGCACCGGCAUCAAGCCAACAAAGCAGAAUCAUAUAUAUGUCCAACAAAAAUAUCAUAUGCACUAAUAAUUUUUUUGGAUCCCAAUUUGAGUUUGUAAUUUUUUGAUAUCACUGAAUAUUUGCCUAGAACUUGCUAUUACCUUGAGCCAAAAGUAUAGAUCUCUCCAAAAUAUCUAUAUUGAGUUUGGCUUGCUUUCUAGGCCUGGUUCCCAAUGUAUACCCCUACCAAUGAAGGUCAAUGAAGGUAUCUUCUUUUCUAGGGGAGGAGAGGUAAUGAUGUAUAAUUCUAUGAUUUUUUUUAAUUAAACAUUUAGUUUUGACCUAGACUUCCGUGCUUGAAGAUAUUGGCCUAAAAAAAAUUGAGGAGAAUCCAAUUCUGUAAGAUAAACAUUUUCCGUGCGUAAAUGUACAUUCUUAUAAACAUAGCAAAACAAUGAAAUGCUUGCGAUAUAUUACCGUAUGCAACUAAACUGCUGCCUGUUUUGUGUUAAAAGUAUACUUCCUCAAGUCAAUUCUGUCCCUGCUAUAUGCUUUGGCUGUAUGAAAUAAUUGCUUUAUUCUAACAUUAAUAAAAAUGAAAAGAAACUCUGCCUUUAAAACUGCUUUUGAUGGUUUGAUAUUGUAAAAUAACUUAAAAAAUAUUGUUGAAAUGGAAUUACUGUACUUAGAUUAUAUUCAGUCAAGAUGUUUUUCAUUUUGUUCUCUUGAUUAAUCACUGGAUUUAAGGCUUGUGCUUCAAUA